UUUCUCUCUCUCUCUCUCUCUCUCUCUCUUUUCUUUUUGAUCGUUUGUAUUUCCUGUUGGCUAUACAUGUCAAGUUAAAGGAGUGAAACUAUCAGUAGACGCUGUCUUUAGUGGUAGUUUGUAGUUGAAUUCUCGAGAAUUUUAUUUGAUGUCUUUAUGCGUACAAGCAUAUGAUUCCAUAGAGUGUAAACUAAACUCCGUUUGAUGCGCUCAUCAAGUGACACAGAUAUUCUUUUCCAUUCCAUACAGUGGUUCCAUGAGUCUUUCAGGCUAUAUAGCAUUGCGAAUGGUGUCUUUUUUUCAUGGAUCGGCAAGUUGAAUACUCAUAACUAUAGACUUUGUGGCUCUUUAAUUCCAUUGGGGAUGGGCAAAAUCAAUCUACUUGAUAUGCUUCUAAUCCUCUCCUUAUGUGUCUUUUUUCGG